AUGGGGACGCUCAACCUCUAUCUGGCCGUCUCAAAGGAGCGAGGUCAAGGUCAACCUCGACAUUGGAUUCUCAUGCUUGCCGAAGAAGAUGCCACUCAUGCAAUCUUCUAUCAUAUAACUGGCGGACCCAUGCGCGGUAAGCCAUAUGAAGUUACCAUUGAGCCUAAGCGCGUUGAAAGUCAUGGUAUUGAUAGGCGUCACUUGAUUGCACAGGUCCUUGAAAAGGACAGGCAAAAGAUCAAGGCUGCUGUCCGCCAAGCCCCUCCGUUGUUCUGUCAGCGCUGGAUCUUGAAUGUCUUCGAGGGCUUGGAGAAGCAAGGUGUUGUCCCUGAAGGAACAUGUUCCAAGUGGAAUAAAGCCUUGGAAACUGAUCCGUUCUCGGGUGAUGGUGCUCCCUCGAAGAAGCCUUUGGGUAAUGGCGAUACUACUGACGCUUAG